UUUAGCAACCUAAUUCAAGGGAAUGACUAUUGGCGUAAACGUGGUAUACGUGGUCCGACACCUGGGCUAUUAUUCGGAAAUUGUGUCCAUUAUUUUACAAAAUAUAAAUGUAUGCAAGAUCUUACCUGGGGUAAAAGGUUUGGCAAAAUAUACGGCUAUUUUAUGUGCAAAACACCAAUUCUGGUUAUUGGUGACCCUGAGCUUAUAAGGGAUAUCAUGAUUAAAGAUUGGAGCUUGUUCACUGAUCGUUCCCUAAUUAUGAAAACCAAUGGGGCAACCAUUACAAAAGCUAUCUACCAACAAGAUGCAAGUAGAAAGAGACUUAUUCGCGACUUAAUUAGUCCGGCUUACACAUCAGGAAAAUUGAGAAAAAUAUACCCGAAAAUUGGUAAAAGUCUCGGGGAUAUGGACAAUUAUUUAUCCCGUGUUAUCAAUGAUCAUGGUGGCAAAAAUGUUGUAAUAGACAUUAAAUACGUUUGGCAAACAUUUACCGUGGACGCAUAUCCUAAAUGUGGCAUGUCCGUAAAUACGAGCGCUUAUAAUACGCCACAAAAUGAACUCGCUAUUUGUUUGCGUCGGUUUAUUGAUGUUGAUAUUCGCCGAGAAUUGCUGUCAAUUAUGUUGCCGUCAUUUAUGUCAAAUUGGCCUAAACUUGGUAACCAACGAGUUAUUCAGUAUUUGUUGCGUACUUUUCGUGAGAUAUGUAACGAGCGCUUACAGACACGCAAUUACAAACAUUAUAUUGAUUUCCUUCAACUUCUUAUGGAAACGCAGGCUGUACCAGGAUCAACUAACUUAACCAACAUUGAUAAACAAGAUUCAGAAAGACUCCGUUUGUCUGACCACGAGUUGACGGCACAGGCGUUUGCAUUCAUUGCCGGCGGAAAUAAGCCAACUUUGGCCGCACUGACCGCCUGUACCUACGAGUUGGCCCUCAACCCAGACAUUCAACAGAGACUUUACGACGAGAUAACGGCGUCGACACCCGACUCAUCGGACAUCAGUUAUGAAGCAUUGACUCAAAUGCCGUAUUUGGAUGCAGUCGUGUCGGAGUCCCUACGACUAUACCCACCGGCAGUCCGUCUCGUACGACAGGUUACCAGUGCCUAUAGUUUAGGCGAGACAGGCAUUAGUAUUGAGCCUGGUCAACACGUGGAGAUUCCCAUUUAUAAUAUACAGCAUUCCGGGGAGUAUUAUGAAAAUCCAGAGAAAUUUGAUCCUGAUCGAUUCAUGCCAGAAAACAAGCAUAAGUUGGUGCCAUACACGUUUAUGCCAUUUGGUCUAGGUCCACGCACGUGCAUUGGCAUGAGAUUUGGAUUGCUCGUAAUGAAAUGUGCUCUGGCUCAUUUUAUAAAGCGUUACCGCGUGUACCGCAUCCCUGACACUGAUAUACCGCUGCAAUAUAAACGGCUUAUGACUAUUAGAAUGCCUAAAAGGUGCAUGGUUGGUAUUGAACCCAGAAUAUUUUUGUACAAGAAUUACAACAAGUGGACUAAAUUGGGAAUCAAGGGACCCAAACCGAUCCCGGUAAUACGAUAUUUCGAU